CGUGACGGUGCAGCAUCCGCGUACUUUUCCCGGAGGGGGGGGACUCGCGAAACCAUCGCCGUAGCAUAUUCGUAGCAUUCCUGUGCGUCUGGCUCACGAAGGGCCCGCUUGCGAUAUCUGGGUCGCACGGUCUGGUAUCUGGAACUGGUGUAUGUUUGUCCGCUUGGGUGGAAUCGGAACCGGGCGCGUGAAUUGAUUUUUUGGCUUUUUGAUGCUGUUGGCUGAGAUGCCCGAUGCUCGGAAUCGGGUGAUUGCAUUAAUCGGUGUUUGCUUUUCUGCUGGCGAGGGGACCCUCCGAGGACCGAACGAGGAAUCUCGAUUCAGUUCUGAUGACGAUUGCUCUGGUCGUUCCCGAGCAGUGUGUAUUGCACGGAAAAGUGACGAGUGAGAUUACAGUGAUCAAUGUUGCGUAAUAUUAAUGCUAAUGCUGUUCGUUUCUCAAGCCUGCCGUUGUUGUGAUCUGCCAUAGACGGAGAAAAAGACGAGUUCAUCCCCAGCCGCGGCUGUCGAGGAACGAAAGGGGCAGAGAGAGGUGCGUGGGUGUCCGUGUGUUUGUGCACGCAUUGGAAGCUUUUGGGAAAGUACAUUGAAGAUGAAUGUGAUUGUUGCGAGCUGUUUGAUAACGAUAUCCUCGCCCAUUUGGGGGGCAGAAGAGUGAUCAAUGAAAACGCGGAGUGUGAAAGUUAUGACCGAGUGAAAGAAAUACCCUUCGAUUAUCGCAAGUUAAGUGGGGAUCAGCCGCUGGCAGACAAAAAAAUUUAAAAAAAACGAGAAUAAUUUCACCGAAUCCUGAUAAGCCUCAUUCAGUCGCUUUCUUUUUUCGCCUUUGAUUUUUUUUGACAAUGCUCUGAUCGCUAUUUUCCAAGAGGCAUACACUAAUGUAAUUAUGAGGAAGUGUGAGAAAAACGGCAGCUGAAGCAGAAAAAAAUAGUUCAGUGCUUUUCUCUGCCUUCCGACUGUAUGUCGGCGACAACGACGACAAAUAAGUGCACAAUUCCGGUGAAUGGGAAUGGAUGUGAAGUGUUUCAUGUUGUUGGUGCUAGUGUUGCAAAUUCCAGAGUAGUAGAUCCACCAAGGAAACGAACGAGCGAACAGCUGCCGUGGCACUGCCACAGACGACGGGGACACCCGUGUAUCUACAAUCCGCCGCCGUCGGGUUGUUCCAUUCAGGGCUCUGGCUUCGCUGAAAUCUAGGCGAAUACACAGACACACCGAUUCCGUGAAGAAAUUUCCAUCCCAUGGCUGCACGAUUAGGGAAGCCAUUUUGCGCGGAGGUAUGUGAUGAAAAGUGCAUCCCGUAAGAGAGCGAACACGAGGGCAUAACUCUGCGGGGCUGCAGCAAACGGCCAUUGCGAAGCUUAUUUGUGCCGCCAGUCGGGAGUCCUUCCAGAAACAGUUUCCAGUAGCUGGAAACGAACAGAAGGAGAGAGAGAGAGAAAAAACGGUGCACCAGACCGAGAAUCAAAUUCCAAUCGAAUUCUAUUUGGAUUUUCUUCUGCUUCAUCUCACGCGGUUACCACGGAUCCCCCGUGCCACUGAUCCUUGACUGGUGACUGGGCUCGGUGUGGUUCGAGGGCAACAGCCUGGGUGUACAAUUCACCGCUGCGCCGUUUUCAUCGGAAGGAAAUAAAUAACGCCGGGACGUGAAAGGUUUUUUGUUUCACCGGCAUACAAACCACCCUCUCCGCCUCCGUGGAGGGCAACGUCGACACCUGGACAGGUGUCACCCGGCUAAAUUUGACUGCGUCGCAAAGUCGAAGUGGCUGAAGCAAAACAAAGUGUUUCCCAGACGUGGGUUGUGAAAAGUGUGCUCUGAAGUGUGCUGCUUGAAGUGGUGAAAAAAUAUACUUUCAGUAUCCAGAGCAGUCAGUGAGUGGGCGAGGUGUUGUUUGCAGAGUGAAGGUGUGAAAAGUGAAACGAAGCGCAAGAAUUUCAAACGCCGCGCCGUCAGGUAGCAAAAAAAGGGGAAAAAAACCGCGCGGCGAAGGAACUGUGCGAAACAAAGGAAGCAAAAGUUCGCCUGUUGAUUAAAUUUAAGAUCAAUAUUAUGCAGCUCAGCUGAAGGAAAGACUCACAGAAAGUGCAAAAGAGAUAGAGAGGGACACAGAUUCCGACUGACAGACAGCAAUGACUUCUUCCACUACCGCCGCCACCAUCACCACCACCGCCGCUCGCUCCAGAUCCUCGACCUGCAGGACCAGCAGAGGAAGCACCUUCACAGCGAUGCCAAAGCGGAGGAAAAUUGUUUACGGCUGGUUUAAUUUCAUCUUCUUAUGCUGGCUAAUGCUCGCCGAACAGUUCGUUAGUGUGCUUAGCCUUAAGGAUUUGAAAAUAUUCGUCCCGGAUGCAGUCAUCGUGGGAAACGCCGCCACAUUGUCGUGCCAAUUCGAGCUGGAAAAGGCAUCACUAUACUCCGUUCGGUGGUACUUCGAGGGGGAAGAGUUUUACCGAUACGUACCGAAGGAAUCACCUCCGGCGAGAACAUUUCCGGUUUCCGGUAUCACCGUCGAUGGUCCCCAAUCGGAUGCAACCUCGGUAACCCUGCGGGGGGUAACCCGCGAUCUCACCGGGCAAUUCCAGUGCGAGGUGUCCGAGGAUGCCCCACUGUUCCACACCGACAUCCGGCAGGCUCGGAUGCAAGUCGUCGAGCUGCCCAAACAGGACCCCCUGAUGCAGCUGGACAAAUCCCACAUCACCACGCUGGACAACUUCCGGGCCGUGUGCACGGUGGGAACCUCGUUUCCUCCGGCCAACAUAACGUGGUACAUCAACGCUAAAAAGAUCCACCCCUCGCCAUACCAGCGCAUCACUUACCGCGCGUACGAGGGCACCCCGACGUUCUCCACGCUGGAUAUGUACCCCCACAGCCAGAUCCUGCAGGACAUCUACCAGACGAUGCCCCCCUUCCAGACGAGUCUGACGGUGAUGUGCGAGAUUUCCAUUCUCCACAUCUACACCAAGAGCGCCCAACAGCUGAUCAUCGUGAGCGACCUCGUCACCACGAUCUCCCCCGCCCUGUUGGGGCUGGAUGGAUCCAACAAUCGCAGGAAAGCCAACGGCGAUCCGGACAAUUCCGCACUAACCGGUGCUGGCACGAGAGCCACCCCCAUCUGGUGGACGGCGGCGGCGGCGGCGGCGGCAGCUCUGCUAGUGUCUCAAUUCAUCACCCGAGGACGCCACUUGUGACCGAAUCGGGCGUCACUGUAAAUAUAGUGAAGGCACUCGAACACUGUCACAUACACACCGAAAACACGUACACACGCAUACAUACACACAAAAAAAAACUUCAAAAAAAUACUCGUAAAAAUAAACACGAAUAUAUUUAUACAGAUAAAUAAAGCAUAGAGGAAGCAGAACUGUUAAAAUGUACAUGUGAAAUAUAUGUAUUUGAGCUUUUUACUAACCGUACACGUUAGGCAUAAUCUCCGAAUGUUCCGCAGCGUUGGCGUGUUCGAUGAGUGGAUUCAAUUAAAUGUGGAAAAUUGGGAGGAAUCGAAGCAAGAUGCUUAAAGUGAAAUAAAAUAACACAACUCCUACAAACUGCAGAGAGAUUUGUAGCGGCAGGAAAGUCGCCACAGCCACAAAAAAGAAGAAGUGAAAAAUAUUAGUCAACACAAUGUUAGCUUGAAAACAAAACAACAAACAAAAUUAGGAUGAUAUGAAUAAUGAACAAUACUAAAAUAUAGCUGAACGCCAGAUACACACAAAUAACAGACGAAAAAAAAAAGAAACUGCAUCUUUUUAUAAAUGUAUUAUAAUCACAACAGAAUUGAAACAGGUGCAAAGGUGCCGAUCGUGAAAGUGAACAUAAGUUGUUUGUGGAAAAAAUAAAAGAUUGAUAACAAAAAUAGCGCCGAUGGGAGACCGUUGCAUCGCGUGUUGUAUUUAUAGUUGAUAACACAAUCACACAAACUCCCCCAUACAGACACAAACAUACAGGCAGACAGAUGAAAUUAGGAGCGCGGCAGCAUCUUGGGUUGAGUCUAGCAUAAAUAGUCAAAUGAAACCUGUGAGGUGAACGGGAAUUUAGCACCGAUACUAAAAUCGAAUGCUUGUUGAUGCUCGAUACAAUGGUCAGGAAGGUUGCAUUUUGUUUGUUUUUUGAAGCGAAUUGCCGAGAGCGUUGCCAUCUGUUUAGGAAAGAUUUUUUACGAUGUCAUACAUUACACACUGUUACUUUUUUCUUCGUUGAUGAUAGAUAAGGGGGAUGAAGAUGGUAGAAAGAAAAUAUUUUUGUUGAUAAAUAAAUUUGAGAUUCUGUUCCGAUGGUAUCUUAGCAACAUGCGACACAGCAAAAAUAAAAAACGAAACUCUGAUAGUCGAUAGUAUAUUGAUGCUAAAAAAAGUAAAAAGAUAAUAACAUUUAAUAGUAGUAAACAUGUUAUGUUUUUUUUAUACAUAAGACAAAAAAGUCAAUACAAGAAAUCCCAAAUGAAAUGAAAAAAAAAACAAACAAGUAUAAACAAAAAAGCAACAAAAGCGCUACCACAAUUCAAUGGAGGCGUUCACACAUUCAGCAAAGCUGUUGCAGAGUGACACUAAACUGAAAGACAACAUGUUUUGUUCAACAGAAACUGAAAUGGAAAAAUAAAAGUAUAAUUAAG